CCCACUUCUCAGCAAGUUACUUCAGGUUCCAGUUCGAUAAGAAAAGACUUCCUGUGGAGGAAUCUGAAAGGAAGAAGGAGGAGCUGGCCCAUUCUUGCCUAGGAGGUUGUGGAAGAAGGAAGAUGGCCAGGGCUUUGUGUCCACUGCAAGCCCUCUGGCUUCUAGAGUGGGUGCUGCUGCUCUUGGGACCUUGUGCUGCCCCUCCAGCCUGGGCCUUGAACCUGGACCCAGUGCAGCUCACCUUCUAUGCAGGCCCCAAUGGCAGCCACUUUGGAUUUUCACUGGACUUCCACAAGGACAGCCAUGGGAGAGUGGCCAUCGUGGUGGGCGCCCCGCGGACCCUGGGCCCCAGCCAGGAGGAGACGGGCGGCGUGUUCCUGUGCCCCUGGAGGGCCGAGGGCGGCCAGUGCUCCUCGCUGCUCUUUGACCUCCGUGAUGAGACCCGAUAUGUAGGCGCCCAGACUUUACAAACCUUCAAGGCCCACCAGGGACUGGGGGCGUCGGUCGUCAGCUGGAGCGACACCAUUGUGGCCUGCGCCCCCUGGCAGCACUGGAACGUCCUAGAAAAGACCGAAGAAGCUGAAAAGACGCCCGUAGGCGGCUGCUUUCUGGCUCAGCCGCAGAGCGGCCGCCGCGCCGAGUACUCCCCGUGUCGCGGAAACACCCUGAGCCGCGUUUACUUGGAAAACGACUUUAGCUGGGACAGGCGUUACUGUGAAGCGGGCUUCAGCUCGGUGGUCACUCAGGCUGGGGAGCUGGUGCUUGGGGCUCCUGGCGGCUAUUAUUUCUUAGGUCUCCUGGCCCAGGCUCCAAUUGCGAAUAUUUUCUCGAGUUACCGCCCGGGGACCCUUUUGUGGCACGUGUCCUCCCAGAGCUUCUCCUUCGACUCCAGCAACCCAGAGUACUUCGACGGCUACUGGGGGUACUCGGUGGCCGUGGGCGACUUCGACGGGGAUCUCAACACUACAGAGUAUGUCGUCGGUGCCCCUACUAGAAGCUGGACCCUGGGAGCCGUGGAAAUUUUGGACUCCUACUACCAGAGGCUGCACCUGCUGCACGGCGAGCAGAUGGCUUCGUAUUUUGGGCACUCAGUGGCUGUCACUGACGUCAACGGGGAUGGGAGGCAUGACCUGCUGGUGGGCGCUCCACUGUACAUGGAGAGCCGAGCAGACCGAAAACUGGCAGAAGUGGGGCGUGUGUAUUUGUACCUGCAGCCCCGAGGCUCCCACGCGCUGGGUGCCCCCAGCCUCCUGCUGACUGGCACACAGCUCUAUGGGCGAUUCGGCUCUGCCAUCGCACCCCUGGGCGACCUCGACCGGGAUGGCUACAAUGACAUUGCAGUGGCUGUCCCCUAUGGAGGUCCCAGGGGCCGUGGCCAAGUGCUGGUGUUCCUGGGUCAGAGUGAGGGGCUGAGCUCACGUCCCUCCCAGGUCCUGGACAGCCCCUUCCCCACAGGCUCUGCCUUUGGCUUCUCCCUUCGAGGUGCCGUAGACAUCGAUGACAAUGGAUACCCAGACCUGAUCGUGGGAGCUUACGGGGUCAGCCAGGUGGCUGUGUACAGAGCCCAGCCGGUGGUGAAAGCCUCUGUCCAGCUACUGGUGCAAGAUUCGCUGAAUCCUGCUGUGAAGAGCUGUGUCCUACCCCAGACUAAGACACCCGUGAGCUGCUUCAACAUCCAGAUGUGUGUUGGAGCCACCGGACACAACAUUCCUCAGAAGCUGUACCUAAAUGCUGAGCUGCAGCUGGACCGGCAGAAGCCCCGCCAGGGCCGGCGGGUGCUACUGCUGGACUCUCAGCAGGCGGGCACCACCCUGAACCUGGACCUGAGCGGAAGGCACAGCCCCAUCUGCCAAACCACCAUGGCCUUCCUUCGAGAUGAGGCAGACUUCCGGGACAAGCUGAGCCCCAUUGUGCUCAGCCUCAACGUGUCCCUGACCCCCAAGGAGGCUGGAAUAGCCCCUGCUGUCAUGCUACAUGGACACACCCAUGUGCAGGAGCAGACGAGAAUCAUCCUGGACUGCGGGGAAGAUGACGUGUGCGUGCCGCAGCUUCAGCUCACUGCCAACGUGACCGGCUCCCCGCUCCUAGUUGGAGCAGAUAAUGUCCUGGAGCUGCAAAUGGACACAGCCAACAAGGGCGAGGGGGCCUACGAAGCAGAGCUCGCUGUGCACCUGCCCCAGGGGGCCCACUACAUGCGGGCCCUCAGCAACGUGGAGGGCUUUGAGAGACUCAUUUGUAAUCAGAAGAAGGAGAAUGAGACCAGCGUGGUGCUGUGUGAGCUGGGCAACCCCAUGAAGAAGAACGCUCAGAUAGGAAUCGCGAUGUUGGUGAGCGUGGGGAAUCUGGAAGAGGCUGGAGAGUCUGUGUCCUUCCAGCUGCAGAUCCGGAGCAAGAACAGCCAGAAUCCAAACAGCAAGAUGGUGCUGCUAGAGGUACCAGUCCGGGCAGAGGCCCAAGUGGAGCUUCGAGGGAACUCGUUUCCAGCCUCCCUGGUGGUGGCAGCAGAAGGUGACAGGGAGCAGAACAGCUUGGUCAGCUGGGGACCCAAAGUGGAGCACACCUAUGAGCUCCACAACAAUGGCCCUGGGACUGUGAACGGCCUUCACCUCCGCAUCCACCUCCCCGGGCAGUCCCAGCCCUCCGACCUGCUCUACGUCGUGGAUCUACAGCCCCAGGGGGGCCUUCAGUGCUCCGCACAGCCUCCCAUCAACCCCCUCCAGGUGGACUGGGGGUUGCCCACCGCCAGCCCCUCCCCCAUCCACCCGGCCCAUCACAAGCGGGAUCGCAGACAGAUCCUCGUGCCGGAGCCCGGGCAGCCCUCGAGGCUUCAGGAUCCCGUUACCGUGAGCUGCGACUCAGUGCCCUGUACUGUGGUGGAGUGUGACCUGCAGGAGAUGGUGCGCGGGCAGCGGGCCAUGGUCACCAUGCUGGCCUUCCUGUGGCUCCCCAGCCUCCGCCAGAAGCCACUGGAUCAGUUUGUGCUGCAGUCACACGCAUGGUUCAACGUGUCCUCCCUCCCCUACACUGUGCCCCCGCUCAGCCUGCCCCAAGGGGAAGCUCAGGUGCGGACUCAGCUGCUCCGGGCCUUGGAGGAGAGGGCCAUUCCGAUCUGGUGGGUGCUGGUGGGCGUGCUGGGCGGCCUGCUGCUGCUCACCCUCCUGGUUCUGGCCAUGUGGAAGGUCGGCUUCUUCAAGCGGAAACGGCCACCCCUGGAAGAAGAUGAUGAAGAGGAGGAGUGAUUGUGCAGCCUGCCCUCUGUUCUGGCAGGAAGGCUGGGCGUGCGACCGGCACCCCUGCUUCUCGUAUAAGUUGCCUCCAAGCUUUCGGUUGGAGCUGUUCUGGAGGGCCCCUUGGUGUCAUUCCACUCCCAACAAAGCUGGGCCACCCCCUCCUGCUACCUAAUAAAGAGGCUGAGCCC